CUGACCAAAAAAGUCUCAAGCACGGUAUCAUCAAAAGGACCGAACACCAUCGCCUUACCGUACGUACCUACUUAGUUUAUCUGUUAGUGUCUCAAAUCGCAGCGAAAUUACUGAGGAUGCGGCCGUGGCAGGUAGCAUUCUCACCAUGGGUCGUCUCGAUCGCGGUUUUGCUGUUCAUCAUGGAAAUUAGUUUCGGCCAGCUGCACGGGGGAAAGACGAAGAGUGUAAUAUUCGCAGAAGCAACUGCCACUUCGCCUGCGGCUACUAGCACAAGGACAGCAACGACGACAUUGGCAAAAAGACAGACAAGCGGAGCUGGAGGUCAGCUGGUCGCGAGCAAAGAUGUAGACGAUAUACAAACUUCACCUGCAGCUCCUUCGUGGGAGCCUUCAGGUUUUGCGCUCACCGACGAGGCGAGGGCGUUUUUGGAUUCGUAUGUGCAGUGGUAUAACGACGUGCUGGCGUGGUCAACAAAAAGUACGACGACUACUUCGCCCGCAGGACAUAAUUCUGAUGCAAGCAAAAGUGCGUCCUUAUCUACUUUUUCAAGCGAACUCGUACAACCAUCGUUCAAUUUCACCAGUGUGGCUUUCAGUCUUCACAACGGCAUCGGGGACUGUCUAACCCUAGGAAGGGAUAGCUUCAUGCAGCUUUUGUGGCGCUCCGUUGUCUUGCUGCGCCAGGAGGGGGACGACACGAGUGAGGAAAAAAGCGAAAAUGAUGAAAAGCAGAGCGAGAUGAAGGGAAUCCUGUCGCAAGAUAAAUUCAAAUUCCAGUACCACCUCCGCAUUGGCCGCAUGCAACGCGGAUGGCGCACAGACAGUUGGCCAACCGCGUGGGAGGUCGGCCUCGCGCCGCGGUUUCCGCUCCUUGGCUACUGGCCGAAUCCCAAGUGCGACAUGGGAAAGAAGGAGUUCGCAGAGGUAAGUGCGCAGGAGAUAGAAAGACAAAAGGAAAUAUUGAAGUCGUCCAGUGUAGUGGGGCUGGAACAAAACAAAGAAAGCAAGGGAGCUGCACCAAUUCAAGGCUCAGCUAAAGGAAGAAAUCGACUACGAGUAGGCAUGAAUCAAAUCCCGCCUGGGCUUAACGAGGUCAAUACCCUUUUCUACCUGUUUCUCCGACCGUCGCGAGCGGUUGCGCGGGCUGUGGAGACGACGCUGAAAGCGUGCAAACAGACAAGCAACUCAGCACCUACAGGGUCCUCGUCAACUACGACCACCUUCUCGCCGCCGCGUAUGGGGCUGCACUUUCGGUCCUACCUCGUGGACAAUCUACAGCCGGAGGAGUUUCGCGAGUGGGAGGAACGUGGUGAAGAGUGGCGCGUGGCAGGUGGCGCAGACAUUUUCGAACGGAAUAUCGCAGCAGAAGUCACGAGGUGUGCGGACCAGCUCAGAAGCCCGUUUGCAACCGGGGAGGAAAAGAAGGGAAAUUCAAAUCCUGUGAUAGAUCCGCCUGACUGUUGGUUCGUGACGGUGGAUUCCGUGCGAGUAGCGGAUAUGCUGAAAAAACGGUUCCCGGAUAAGGUUAUCCUCACAGACCUCGCGAACGAAAACAGUACCGGACAACAGGAACGGGCGGGCGUCAGCAGAAUCUCAGGGAGCGAGUAUGGAGUGGAAAACCGUUCAUUCACGACGUGGCACGCAACUAUGAGGGGGACGAAGUCAUGAGCGCUAUAGGCAUAGUCUUCUAUGAAGAUGCAUCACUGAAGAUUUAUUGUGUGCAACGACGCCUGUUCCUGGUGACAUGUAUUGCUGAUCCCCAUGAUGGAUCGUGCUACGGCAAAACGUGUUUUCCCGUCCACAUUGGAGGCAACGGGUUCGGGCGUUCCCAGGCCGAGCUCGACGAGAUGCAGUCGCAAGCCAAACGCGCCUACACCAAAAUGUUCGCGGACUGGUUUACAUUGCGCGAAAUGCCAGCUCUUGCGGUGUCGGAGGGCUCCUACUUUUCGGCCACAGCCGCCAAGCUGCGCGACGUGCCGCUUGACAAGCGCAACACGACCCAGAUCUGCUCCAUCUCGCCCUGCGCGCAGGCGACCCUGGACGUGCUGGCCCUUGCGGAGGCCGAAGAAAUCACCAUUGCUGCAGCGGCGAGGAAGCUCUAUGAUCUCGUGGAAGAACAAAAACCCUCCGAAGCGAAUGCAAAAACUGGCACGCCGAGAACCCGUCGGGCCUUUUCGCCCUGGAAACAGCGGAAGAAAAUUGAUGUUUUCGAAACAUGCGGCUUAUUGAACUACGGUGGCAGGAGAACGGUGGACAGCGCAGUGCAGGCGGGGCCUCCUGGUGUUGAUCUUCAGAAAGCAGGAAAUAAGGAGAAACCUCGUGCAGAAGAACUCUGAAGGCCUAGUAGGAGAAGCAGUCGUGAUAAUUGGUGCGAAUCAAUGUCAUGAUUGUAAAAGCAUCAAUGCGCCAGAAGUCCACCGCAGUCGUGAGGA